AUGUUGUUGAAUGUUAAGUUGAUAGCUGACCGGUUGCGUCAUAGUUAUCUAUCUAUCUAUCUAUCUAUCUAUCUAUCUAUCUAUCUAUCUAUCUAUCUAUCCCAUUGUUAUCUUCGAUCUAAAUUUUUUAAAAAUACCAAGAAAUAUUUUAAAGGAGUUAUUAAAGUAGUAACAGAAUGUUAUCUUAAUUCUACUAAAUAUCAAACUCUUUUAUCCUGUGCCUCGCGACCUUAUGCAGAAGAAAUUACUGAAGACCCAAGCUUUCAUUUGAAUACUCAACCUAAGAAAUCUGAAAUGCCGGAAGUGUACUACAAAGAUCCGGAUGGCCAUCAUGUACUCAGCUAUGACUACAAUGGAUACCUGGUGCCGCCUUUCCCAAACGUCGAUGAACGGUUGGACAAAUUACCUAACAUGUCCAUUCGAGACGACGACAUUAUCCUUUUGAGUUAUAUGAAAUCAGGAUGUCAUUGGGUUUGGGAGAUUUCAAAUAUGUUGCGACGUAAUUGCACUGAAUAUGAAAAGAACCUGAAAGAUAUCGGGAUGCUUGAACUAACCGAUCAAGAUGUUAUCGAUACCCAACCUUCACCACGUGUUCUCAACAGUCACAUGUUGUUGGAACACUUACCCCGGGAAUUACUGACCAAAAAGACAAAAAUUCUCUUCGUAAUGCGGAACCCACGCGACAUUAUCGUAUCGUCCUACCAUCACAUCUUCCAGAUGCAAAACUUUUAUAAAUAUGACGGAAACUGGAACAGUUACUUCGAUCUCUACAUGAAAGGGCAAGUGAAUUAUGGCAAAUGGUUCGAUUACAUGUUAGAAUGGGAAAAGGUUUUCAAAAAGUAUCCUGAAUUGCCCGUGCUGUUAAUUAAAUAUGAAGAUAUCAAAAAGGAUCCUGUCGGUAAAAUUGCAGAACUGGCUGAAUUUAUCGGAGUUGAGAAGAACGAAGAAUUUUUUAAAGAAGUAGCCGACAAAUGUUCCUUUAACAAAAUGAAAAUGCAUAAAUCACGAGGCGGUGAUAGUUUUAGAACUCCAGGUGCUUCCCUUUAUCGGAAAGGUGUCGUCGGUGAUUGGAAAAACUGGUUCACGGUGCGGCAAAAUGAAUUGUUUGAAGAAGAAUACAAAAAAUUUAAAGAAAAGACUGAAAUGUUCAAUAUAUUUGACUAA